AAGUCGCUGCUAUAAUUGGUAUAGCAGGGGCCAGAUAUGGCGAGGCCCUGACCUGCUCUGUUUUCUCUCCAUGUGUGUCAGUCAGUGUUUUUUGGCAGGAUGUACAGCUUCAUGGGAGGUGGUUUGUUCUGUGCCGGAGUCGGGAACAUCCUCCUCAUUGUCUCCACGGCAACUGACUACUGGAUGCAGUAUCGUCACUCCAGCAAUUAUAUGCACCAGGGCCUGUGGCGGUACUGUGUGCCUGGGAAAUGCAUGACACACACAGACAGCAUUGCAUACUGGGAUGCCACCCGGGCCUUCAUGAUUCUUUCCCUGCUGGCUUGUUUCAUCGGCAUUGUGAUUGGUGUCAUGGCCUUCAUCCACUACUCCUCCUUUGAUGGGUUUGACAAGACGUUUGCAGCCGGCAUCCUCUUCUUCAUCUCAUGCUUCUUUGUGUUGCUGGCCAUGGCCGUCUACACAGGAGUGACAGUGAACUACUACGGUAAACGCUAUGGCAGCUGGCGAUUUUCCUGGUCCUAUAUAAUGGGCUGGGUGGCAGUGGUGCUUACCUUCUUCUCAGGUAUCUUCUACAUGUGUGCCUACCGGAUGCACGAAUGCCCAAGAAACUCUAACUCACGCUGACCUGCCACACACACACACACACACCCAAGCAUAAUAUAUGGCCAAGAGGAACCAAUAUCCCUAUUAACUUUCCAACCACUUCAUGUUAACCUAACUAUUCAUGA